UGGUAUACCAAAGCACAUCAAACAGCUAUGGAGAAGAGGGUUCUCAUCCUAGCACUUAAUUUGGUCAUAUCCCUCCAUUUUAUCAUCCCAUCGACAUAUGCCGAAACAAAGGGAAAAGUGUUGACUGUGUUAAGUAUUGAUGGGGGUGGGAUAAGAGGCAUCAUUCCUGCGGUACUUCUUGCCAAUCUAGAAGCCCAACUCCAGGCAUUGGAUGGACCUAAGGCAAGACUUGCAGACUACUUUGAUGUAAUAACUGGGACAAGCACAGGGGGUUUGAUCAGUGUUAUGUUGGCUGCCCCUGGUGAGGAUAAUCGACCUUUAUAUGCUGCUAAAGAUAUUCCUGAAUUCUACAUGGAACACGGCCCCAGCAUCUUCCCAGCGCGCAGCCGGCACAGUAUUAUAGACAGAAUUAGAGAGUUUUUUGGAGGGCCAAAGUAUGAUGGGAAGUACCUGAAAUCAUUGACGAAAACGCUGCUGAAGAAUCUCACUCUGAGCCAGACUCUGACGGAUGUGGUGAUUCCAGCGGUUGAUAUCAAGCACCUUCAGCCUGUCAUCUUCACCACCAAAGAGUCCGAGUUAAAAGACGUACAUCCGAAUCUGGUGGACGGGAAAAUUUUGGUUGUGUCGUUGGGAUGCGGCUUGCCGCGGAGGGAGAGGAAGUACAACGCCGUCGAAGCCGCCGAGUGGGGGAUGCUUUCCUGGGUGUACAACAGAGGCAGAUCGCCAUUAAUCGAAAUCUUCUUCGACUCGAGCUCCGACAUGGUAGACAUCCACGUCUCCACGCUUUUCCGAUACGCGGAUAAGAUGCAAAAUUACCUCCGAAUUCAGGAGGACGAUCUGAGAGGCGACGCGGCGUCGAUCGACAUCGCCACUGAGAAGAACAUGUAGGAGCUGGUGCAGAUUGGGGAAAGGUUGCUGAAGAAGCCGCUUAGCAGAACAAAUCUGCAGACCGGGUUACCGGAGCCGGUUCCCGGUGCCGGUUCGAACGAGGACGCUCUGGCCCGGUUCGCGGCCAAGCUGUCGGAGGAGAGGAAGUCCCGCCGUGGAGCCUCUGCCCCGGGAGUCGAGGUCCAGUGAGUUACCAAGCACGUGACGUAACUGACAAUGCUCGGUUUUAAGAAUAAUUGUUGAAUAAGUCAAGUUACAUAAUAUGUAUGAAAAAAUCAUCGUACUAAUAAUACAUCAUCAUCGUACA